AUAGCGCUUCUUUAGUCUUAGAGGAAUAUUUACAUAAAGCUACAAUGGACGACAAUGUAAUCGAAAGAUUUGCAUUGCAAGCGGCGGACGAAUUAUCUUUAUACGUUAAGUCUUCAAUGAACAAAGAUUUAUCCUGUCAAGAUGAAGAAACAAAAAUCUUCAAUAGUGUUAUUCAAAUGGCUGUUGAUUUAACAAUUAUUCUCGAUACAUCAUGGCCUUUCGAGUUGAUACAACCAAUCAUUGCAAAUAUAUUGGAUAAUGUGAUAAUAAGUCGAUAUAAUAGUCGAUUUACAAUUAUUAAUGGUUAUGACAGUAGUAUCAUGAUCAAUACUACCGACACUAUUUUAAAUUUCAAUUAUUAUAAUAUAACAAAUUAUAAAAAUAUCACUAGCGGUUUUGAUUUCCCUAAAUUACUUGAGAAAUUAAUGUCUUUACAAAAAGCGAAAUUAAACAAAGAACGUUACAAUUUUGGAAAUGCAAAAUCUGAUGUAAUUUUGAUUAUUCCAUAUACAUCAUCUAUUGUCAAUAAUGCCGAUAAGGAAUAUUGUAUAGAACAGAUAAGGAAGAUGAUGGAGCAAGUACCAGAUACUACAUUACUUAUAUUAACUCAUGGAUCGAAGGACAGAUGGUCAGAGCUUGUAAAUGAGCCAGCAACUGAUUUAUUUCUAUUACCUACGGAUAAUAUGCAAGAAAUUCCAACAGCAAUUGUCGAUUUAAUUUCGAGAAUAAAAAAAGUUCCGCAGCGCUUAAUCAAUUCGCAAUGUGGAGCUGAUUAUACUGUUGCUGGAUCUUCAUCCAUUUCAUUCAACGAUUAUAUUGAACCAGAUACGACUGUUUUUUAUAAAAUGCAUCCUAACUAUUUCUUUUCUACCGAUAGCGAUCAUUUUUCUACGAUAAAGAUUGAAGUAUCUGGCUCGGGUAAUCUUAAAGUAUGCACAUCGCGACGCUUCAUGAAUUUUAAUUCUACAGAAGAUACAAGUAUAUCGUGUGAAUCGAUAAGUAAUAAUGUGCGCACUAUUACAUUUGCUUGCGGUGAAGCUAAUUUAAUCCAUCUUUGUAGCCCGUUAUAUCUAUCAAUCACUGCCAAUUCUUCACUCACAAAUUAUCAGUGCACAGAAAAAGAAUGCAGAUUCCCUCACAUGAUAAAAUAUACCGUUUCUUAUGAAAAUCUGGUAUGUGUCAGUAGUGCACAUAUAAAUACGCUGAACAUUUCUGUUCUAAUCAUAAGUAUGAUUUAUAUGUAUUUUACUACAUAAUAUCAAAGUAUUACAUAAAUUAACUUCUAUAAUAAGCAUAAUUAAAGUUAACAUAUAAGUAUACGUUCAACACAUUAGUCAAACGCUAAAUUAAUAUAGUAAAUCAUAUCAUAUAUAUAUUUCAGAAUAAGAAUAUUACACUUUUGCAAUUAGUGUAUAAAACAUUUUGUAAUCAUUAUAUUAUUUGUGCGUAUGUGUGUAUGUGUAUUGAUGAAAGUAAAUAUGUUAAAACAAGAAA